AUGAUUACCUUUGCUGAUGUGGCUGUGCGCUUCACCCAAGAGGAGUGGACUUUACUGGACCCAACUCAGAGAAAUCUAUACAGAGAUGUGAUGCUAGAAACCUACAAGAACCUGACCACAGUAGAGUAUCAGUUGUUCAGACCCAAUGUGAUAUGUUGGUUGGAACAAGAAGAAGAGUUGGGGACAGUGGAGACUGGAGUCUUCCAAGAAUGGGAUAUUCAACUUAAAACCAAAGACUCAGCAAUUCAGCAGGGUAUAUUUUGGGGAAAAGCAUCCAAUAGUAUAGAAAUGGAAAGAAUCCACAGUGGGUGGGAACUCUAUGAUUGUGAGCAAUGUGGGAAAGUCUUCAGUGAACAUUCAUGUCUUGAGACCCAGAGGAGAACUCAGAAUGGAGGGAACGCUCAUGAGGAUAAUCAGCAUGAAAAACGCUUCCUUGGUCUACACAGGAAAACCUCUACUGGAGAGAAAUUUUCUAGGUUUAGUCAGUGGGGAAAAGCCAUCAGCCUGAGUUCAGAUGUUACGUACUCAAAAACUAGCAUGCAAGAGGAAGCAUUCAAAUGCAGUCAUGGCAGGAAAGCCUUUGUGAAUCAGUCUUACAUUCAGGCCCAAACGAGAACUCACAAUGGAGGAAAACUGUGUGAAUGGAAGGAAUAUGGGAGAUCUUUUAUUCACUCCACAAGCCUUGCUGUGCGUGUACAAACUCAAACUGGUAACAGCCAUUACGAAUGUAAGGAAUGGGGGAAAUCUUCUGAAGGGAUCUCAUACUUUCAUUCUCUCAUUGAAAUUCACACUGGAAUAAAACCAUUUAUCUGUAAGGAAUGUGGGAAAAGCUUUAAGCGUUCUGUGCUUGUUAAUGCUCACUUGGGAAGUUACACUGUUGAGAAACCUUAUGAAUUUAAGGAAUAUGGGAAAGCUUUCACUCAAUCCUCAGGCCUUGUUCACCACAAAAAAACUCCCUCUGAAGAAAGGCGUUUUAAAUGUGCCACGUGUGGGAAAGCCUUUCCUUCUUCCACAAGUCUCCAUUACCAUUUGAGAACUCACAGUGGAGAGAAGCCUUUUGAGUGUAAUCUAUGUGAAAAAAGGUUUGCAAGUUCUUCACAAUUAAUCUUUCACAAACGAACUCACACUGGAGAGAAACCCUAUCAGUGUGAGGAAUGUGGGAAAGCCUUCAGUCGAUCCUCAAGCCUUAUUGUCCAUAGAAAAACUCACAGUGGAGAGAACACUGUUGAGUGUAGUAUAUGUGAAAAAAGAUUUACAAGUCCUUCAUCCUUAAUUGUUCACAAGCGGACUCACACUGGAGAGAAACCAUUUGAAUGUAAGGUAUGUGGGAAAGCUUUUGCUGUUUCUUCAACUCUUCGUUACCAUUUGAGAACUCACAGUGGAGAAAAGCCUUUUAAAUGUGAUACAUGUGGGAAAGCCUAUGCUGAUUUCAGAAGUCUCCGUUACCAUUUGACAACUCACAGUGGACAGAAGCCUUUUGUGUGUAGUAUAUGUGAAAAAAGAUUUACAAGUCCUUCAUCCUUAAUCAUUCACAAGCGAACUCACACUGGAGAGAAACCCUAUGAAUGUGAGAAAUGUGGGCAAGCCUUUGGUACUUCCUCAGCUCUUCAUUACCAUCUGAGAGCUCACUGUGGAGAGAAUCUUUUUGAGUGUAAUCUAUCUGAAAAAAGGUUUGCAACUUCUUCACAAUUAAUCUUUCACAAGCGAACUCACACUGGACAGAAACCCUAUCAAUGUGAGGAAUGUGGGAAAGCCUUGGCUAGUUGCUCAUCUUUUAGUUACCAUCUGAGAACUCACAGUGGAGAAAAGCCUUUUGAGUGUAAUCUAUGUGAAAAAAGGUUUGCAGGUUCUUCACAAUUAGCCUUUCACAGGCGAACUCACACUGGAGAGAAACCCUAUCAAUGUGAGGCAUGUGGGAAAGCCUUGGCUACUGCCUCAGCUCUUAGUUACCAUCUGAGAACUCACAGUGGAGAGAAGCCUUUUGAGUGUAAUCUAUGUGAAAAAAGGUUUGCAACUUCUUCACAAUUAAUCUCUCACAAACGAAUUCACACAGGAGAGAAACCCUAUGAAUGUGAGGAAUGUGGGAAAGCCUUCAGUCGAUCCUCAAACCUUAUUGUCCAUAGAAAAACUCACAGUGGAGAGAACACUGUUGAGUGUAGUAUAUGUGAAAAAAGAUUUACAAGAUCUUCAUCCUUAACCGCUCACAAGCGAACUCACACUGGAGAGAAACCCUAUCAAUGUGAGGUAUGUGGGAAAGCCUUGGCUACUUCCUCAGCUCUUAGUUACCAUCUGAGAACUCACAGUGGAGAGAAGCCUUUUGAGUGUAAUCUAUGUGAAAAAAGGUUUGCAACUUCUUCACAAUUAGUCUUGCACAAGCGAACUCACACUGGAGAGAAACCCUUUGAAUGUAAGGUAUGUGGGAAAGCUUUUGCUGUUUCCUCAACUCUUCGUUACCAUUUGAGAACUCACAGUGGAGAAAAGCCUUUUAAAUGUGACACGUGUGGGAAAGCCUAUGCUGAUUCCAGAAGUCUCCGUUACCAUUUGACAACUCACAGUGGACAGAAGCCUUUUGUUUGUAGUAUAUGUGAAAAAAGAUUUACAAGUCCUUCAUCCUUAAUUGUUCACAAGCGAACUCACACUGGAGAGAAAUAA